AGCAAACCGCAAGAAAUGGACGUGUUUUUAAUGAUUCGACGUCACAAGACGACCAUCUUCACAGAUGCCAAAGAGUCCACCACAGUUUACGAACUGAAGCGCAUAGUUGAAGGGAUUUUAAAGAGGCCACCGGAGGACCAGAGGCUUUAUAAGGAGGACGUGCUGCUAAACGACAGUCAAACUCUUGGAAACUGCGGCUUCACGAACCAAACGGCUCGACCUCAGGCCCCGGCCAUGGUGGGAUUAGCGUUUCGUCUGAGCGACGAUUCGUUCGAGCAGUUGAGGAUCGAGUCCUUCUCCACUCCCCCGGAGCUUCCCGACGUCAUGAAGCCCCAGGAUUCUGGCAGCACAGCCAACGAGCAGGCGGUCCAGUGACGGAUGGCGUUCAGGAGACCAGAACCACGGCGGGGGAGGAAGGGGGUUGAGUUUUUGGGAAGCGAUGCCUCGGCGCAUUAAGGUUUCCAACGCCAGCGCAGCUCAAGUGCGGCAUAACUGAUUACAAAUAUGGAUUCCCUUUAAAUUCACGGGGCUCCAAAGAGAUUAAUUCGUCUUGAAAUUAGUGAGCGCAUGCUAGAAAAAUGAAUAUUUUCACACCAGACCCUUCAGAACCCGAUGGACUUGUCAGAACUGUCAGUCGUCCAUCCGAUGGGUAAGAAUCGUACCUCGUAUUUAAUAAAAUCUCAUCUUUAUUUGAAGCAAGGUUGGCGCUGCCUUGCUCGUGGGUCUUUAUUUUGCUGGCUUAAAAGGUAAAGUUGACAAAGUGUGACAUUUUUAGGCUGUUUUGUGUUUCUAUAACUAGUUUGUUUGUUUUUUCCUUUGGCCUGGAUAUGUGUUGCAACUAUAAGUGAGAGUUUGUGAAUUUCUAAAUUAUCUGUAUUUCAAAAACUUUUGAACAAUGCUCAAAUAAAAAUAGAUUUA